GAUUUCGAAAAUUUCAUCGCCAACUCGCUUUCCCUCCCCACUUCGCUGCUGCUCUUCUCGAAGUCUCGAUCUCUCUCGCGUAGCCAUGGCGAAGGCAAGGGCGCACUCGAAGCGACCCGACGACCACCACCUCCUAGGAGUUGUCCUCUCCUCCGUUGUUCUUCUCCCGCUUCUCAUGCCGGCGGCCACCGCCGCGGCGGCGGCGGUGGUCGCGGAGGGGGACGGGGAGAACAAGUCGGCGCUGGGGGCGGCGAGGCAGUGGGCGACCGGGAAGGACGAGGGGGAGCUGGUUGCGGGCGGGGAAGCGGGUGGCAGUGCGUCGGUGGUGGAGGACGAGUUUGAGGGCGGAUUCGGCUCCCUUGACAGCAUGCUGCAGUGGGCGAUCGGAAAUUCUGAUCCGGAGAAACUGAAAGAGAAGGCAGCUGAUGUGGAGAAGUUAUCUGCGGAUGAGCUACUCAAGCGGCGUCAGGAGAUCAAGGACUUGGUGGAGAAGUUAAAAAUGCCAUCAGAUGCUGACUUAAUGAAAAUUGCAAUUGCUGACUUAAAUAAUUCUUCCAUUUCACUGGAAGAUCGCCAGCGUGCAUUGCAGGAACUUUUAGUUCUUGUUGAGCCCAUUGACAAUGCUAAUGACCUUGACAAACUUGGGGGCCUCCUUCCUGUGAUUCGAGAGCUUAAUAAUGCAAAUGAAGACAUACGGACCACCUCUGCGUGGGUCCUUGGUACAGCAAGUCAGAAUAACGCACCUGUCCAAAACCAGAUCCUCGGUUAUGGAGCUUUGGCAAGAUUAGUGGAGAUGGGAUAUUCCACUUCUACAGAAGAAGCUGCAAAGGCAUUAUACGCUAUAGCUGCUUUGAUCAGAAACAAUGUAAAUGGGCAGGAGACGUUCCACUCCGAAAAUGGAAGUGUCAUGUUGCAGCACAUUUUGGUAAGCAACAAUAUUGAUGUUCGGCUUCAGAAGAAGGCAGUGUUUUUAGUAACAGAUCUGGCAGACUUUCAGCUAAAUUCUGGAAACUCAGGACUUCCUUUCUUAAGUGACCGCCUUUUUCUGAAGUCAAUAGUUGAUAUGUUAUCAAGGUUUGACCUUGAUCUUCAGGAAAAGGUUUUGUUGGCCAUCAAGAGUCUUCUGAAGCUUUCACCAACUGUUGCGUUAGAUUUUGAGUUCUAUAACCUCGAGAGUGUGCUGCACAGAUUGGGGGUACAGUUGGAGGACUUGACACCAGAGGAUCAAAAUGAGUACGCUGGGGAGGUUGAUGCCCUGCGGAGAGAAGUCCAAGCACUCUUCCAACAGAAGCUGAAGAAGGGUACAGCGACCGCGAUAUGAUAUUUGCGUGAACCCCAGAAAAAGAUCCCCCUUGUGGAUUCAGUAGGAUCCCUUAUUUUUGUCAGAGGGUAUAAUUAGAUGGCUGGUUUGGGCUUUUCUUGCAGUGACCAAAAUCAUCAGAUGGAAUAGUGUUGUAACAUUUGAUGGAAUUAUAGGUUAGGCACUUGAUUAUGACUUAAUUUUUUCCAUGGAACACAUUAUGACUUCAUUUUUGCAAACUAAUUAUAUAAUUGUUCCCCUGUUCUGUAACAUAACUAUAUAAACAUUGUAAUGAAGCAAAUUUUCCUUCUGCUA